ACAAUAAGCAAAGGCCGAACGCACAAAAGCUCGAUUGCCUCCCUCCGGCUGUACUCGAAAAGAACGAUGACACUGCCAAACUCCACCGAAAGCCUUAUCACACGGCGCAAUCUAGCAUCCACCCGUCAAUAAAGAUCUCCGCAUUCUUCGCGUCGAGGAACCCUUUCUUUAUUUUAAAGCCAAUCUCUUUCGUUCGCCGUAGGUGCAUUUUUAGUUGCUCCAACGAGAUAAAAAUCUCUGCAUUUUCUUUCACUCCCCACUAUCAUCAGAGUCUCUAUCUGCACUCACUACGAUUGUGAUAGCAUUCCUUCUAUAUUGCGGUUGCAAUGAGGGGGCGUGAGAGCGAUAUAUACUCCGCUUACAAGCGUGCAUUUAACAAGGAAAAUCUUCAUCCGCACGGGAGAGAUGAAAUAGACCACUCACAGAAUGGAGGUGGUUAUGAACAAGAGGUGGGGAAUCCCUCCUGGAAACGUCCCUUGCCACACAUACUGGUGGCGACUCUCUCGUCAUUCUUAUUUGGCUACCACCUCGGGGUGGUUAAUGAAACUCUAGAAAGUAUGUCUUUGGAUCUUGGCUUUGGUGGUAGUGCCAUGGCUGAAGGUCUGGUGGUCAGUACAUGUUUAGCAGGUGCAUUUGUUGGCUCUGUAUUUAGUGGCUGGAUUGCAGAUGGGGUCGGUCGCCGUAGAGCAUUUCAGUUGUCUACUUUGCCAAUGAUCAUUGGUGCUUCUAUAAGUGCCUCAACAAGUACUCUUGGAAGUAUGCUUAUUGGAAGACUUUUUGUUGGUACAGGGAUGGGCCUUGGUCCUGCUGUUGCUGCUCUCUAUGUGGCAGAGGUCUCACCUGCCUUUGUACGAGGAACAUAUGGGAGCUUCCCUCAGAUUGCAACAUGUAGCGGUCUAAUGUGUUCUCUCUUUAUUGGCAUUCCAUCCAAAGAUGUUGUUGGUUGGUGGCGAGUUUGUUUUUGGGUGUCUACUGCACCUGCCGUGCUACUUGCUAUACUGAUGGAAUUCUGUGUAGAAAGCCCCCAUUGGCUUGUUAAGAGAGGAAGAAUUACAGCAGCUGAAGAAGAGCUUGAGAAACUGGUAGGAGUGUCACACGUUAGCUUUGCCAUGGCAGAAUUUUCUAAGUCUGACAAAGUAGAUGAGGUUGAUAAUGUUAAGAUGUCAGAUUUAAUUUAUGGCCAUUACUUUAGAGUGGUUUUUGUCGGGUCUUCCUUAUUUGCUUUGCAACAACUAUCUGGUAUAAAUGCCGUCUUCUAUUUCUCUUCAACGGUGUUUAAAAGUGCUGGAGUGCCUUCAGAUAUUGCAAACAUCUGUGUAGGGAUUGUAAAUCUUACAGGGUCCAUUAUUGCCAUGACUCUAAUGGAUAAACUUGGAAGGAAGGUGCUUCUUCUCUGGAGUUUCUGGGGCAUGACAAUGGCAAUGUUUACUCAAGUACUGGCAUCAUUCUCGUUCAUACCAGACUCCGCAAAACUAUAUCUAUCUGUUGGUGGCAUCCUAAUGUUUGUGUUGGCGUUCGCUUUCGGCGCCGGACCAGUUCCCAGUCUGCUCCUUUCAGAGAUAUUCCCAAGCCGGAUUAGGGCUAAGGCAAUGGCAGUCUGCAUGUCUGUGCAUUGGGUCAUAAACUUUUUUGUUGGACUUUUGUUUCUCCUUCUGCUAGAAAAGCUCGGACCACAAGUUCUGUACACAACGUUUGGCGGCUUUUGCUUGAUAGCGGUGGCCUUUGUGAGGAGGAAUGUGGUUGAAACAAAGGGGAAAACUCUUCAAGAAAUUGAGUUUGCCCUCCUUCUCCCUCACUAGUUGUGGUUAGUUAUUGGUACACAACAUCUUUCCACUCUCAUUUGCUGCAUCCUUUUUUUUCCCACUCUUAUAAUAUGCAAUGGUGGAAGCUCUGUAUUUAUAGAGGUAGUCCCAGUAUUUGAGGUUUUGUACAAGUAGGCAACUAGCAUAUAUAGAGCACCACAAUUCAUUUGUCUCCGUGAAUAGUAGUUUGGAUGAAGGCUGCCCAUUCUUGGGCUUGUUUCCUCAUAGAUGUCAAAAACUCUUCAUUGUGGCCGAAGAAUGAUUGUUAGUCUAUUUUUUGCUAAAAAUUUUGCGAAGGCGUUUUUGGGACUAAAUUCUUCUGCUUUGU